UCUUAUUUUGACAUUUUCUUUUGCCCCUUGUUCUUUCCAAAUUUUCUCUCCAUCCCGUCCUGUCAGUGGCCUGCGGGAGGAAUCGCUGCAGUUUUGGUCAUUUGCCUGGAGAAACUUCCCAGGUUGAGGGUCGAGCAUUACCACUAGCCGCGGUCACCAGCCGAAGCAACGCGCAAACAACCAUGGGCAACUGGGUUUCGCGGUACGUCACCAACCCGGACGGAACUCCGGUGCCGCUCACGCAACCUUCGUUCGAUCCGAACUUUGGCUUUGCUCACGCCCGCAAGGAACGAGUGAUGAUUGCCACCGAGGAGGAAAUGGAAGCGGCCAUGCCGCUGGCCGAUCGGGACUACUGUGCCCACAAGCUGAUCGCGUACCGUGCCUGCCGGGCGGACGUGUGGCCAUGGGCGUACAAAUGUGCCCACGAAAAGCACGAUUACCUCAACUGCGAAUACGAGGAUUACAUCUACCGGAUGAAGGAGUACGAGCGCGAGAAGCGACUGCUGCUGAGAAAACAGAGAAUCGAAAAGAAGCAGGGUUCGGAGCUGCACGCCUAAAACCGGGAGGACACUAUCACCUCUUCUGCCAGCGCCCUUCCCAUUUUCGAGCACGUUAACUCUUCUAGUAGCAAGCAAAAUGAUACAAAAACAAAUACUACGCAAUUUAUGAUUUUAAACGCGGUUAUCCAUCAUAAAUCUGCCCGGUUCAAAUCGGUUUUUUAGGAUUAA